AUGGAAGAACGGGCACGAGAAGAAAUGUUUAGAAUGAAAAUGAUUAAAAAAGUAAAGUUACGCAAACAAUCACAAUCAGUUUGUCCUAUAUGCAAAUUAAAAAAAGAUCCUAGUAAAAACAAGGAAGACGAAAUCAAAAAUCAACAUGAAUUGGUAACAAAAACUGCCAAAGGUGUAACUGAUUCAUGCUGCAAAAGUAUUGUAGAAAAGAAAACACCAUCAACGGUAUCAAUAGCUAGAAGUGGAACAGAGUCAGUUAAAAAAUUAACAUUUGACUUACAACGAAAAGUAGAUACACAAACUUUUUUACCAGAAAAAUGUAUAUCUUUAGUAGAAAGUCCUAUAGUAUGCCAAGAAAUAAUACCAGGUCAAAAAUCAACUUAUGAUAGUAAGUUAGAAAGCUUGAAAAAAUUACUUGCAGAAAUAAUUACAAUGGGAAAAGAUGUAGUUCAUACCUGUCUAAGUCAAAUAGACAUAGAAAAGUUUCUUAUAACAUGUGAAGAUGCCAAAAUAAGAAUAGAUAGCUUUUUGUUUUCUGAAAACAAAAGCGAUACUGAAAUUGAUACCAGUUUAAAGGAACGUUUAAGUCAGUUGAAAGGUUACUUGAAAACAGUCAUAGAACUUACUUCAGAAUUAAGAGAUGAUGUAAAAAUGAUAGAUAAUGCACAAUGUUCAAUUAUGUGUUCUAAUAAGGCAAUUGAAGGAGAUUCUACUCUGAAAUCUAACAACACCGAACAUACGUCGGAACAAAAUCAAUUUUGUCAGGGUCAUUCUGAAAAAGAUAACGAGCCAUCGUUAACGCCAUCUAUAUGUGCAUCUGCUAGGCAGAAAAGUUCACCGACUGAUAUUUGCAAAACUGAUUACAAAGAAAACAGUUUGGAUAAACUAACUAUAUGUUGCAAAAAUUUCAAAGAAAAAUUAAAAGCUUAUAAAAGUAAUUUGAAGCCACAUUUAGUUCUAUCUAGUGAUAGCAGUAUGUUAGUUAAAAAAAAUGUGGAAAAUGAAAAUCUUAGGAAAGUAAAAAAAACAGAGUGUUCCGUAUGUGAGAACGUCAAUGAUUUGAUUGAGUGUUGUGAUAAAAUAAAAGAACUUUUUCAAUACAAUGAAAGCGAAAAUUUUAGGGAUGUGAAUGAAAUUUAUAUCAAUAUAGAAAAUGCAGUUGCUUUACUUAAAGAUUUAAAAUUAGAGGCACUUAGUGACAGUUUAUCAGAACUUUUAGAAUACUAUAACACAAAACAAGAAACACCUUUAAAAUGUUGUCAUCAAAAGUCAAAUGAAACUUUGUUUGAAGGAUAUUGCUCGUGUAGUAGUCAGCUUAUUUCUGUAAAAGAUACGAGUACAGAAUGUAAUAUUCCUGAUGAAUCACUUAAUUCACUACCCGUUGUACCCUGUAAAACAUGUAGGGAAACUCAUAACGAUAGUGAAAAUAUGGAACAAUUUUGCAACAAAUAUUUUUUAGUCUCUGGAAAGCAUAAUUCUGCAAGAGGUUUAAAGCAAGAAUCUAGUGAAAAAGAAUAUGAUAAUGUUAAAAAGAGGAAUAUAUCUCUUUGCAAUAAAAAUUGCUUAGGUUUAGGUAUAUGUGGGUCUAAUGAAGAACAAGAUUUACCUAAAGAACAAAUGGAAAGUGGAAAAAAUUUGUCAAGUGAUGAUCAAAGAAAGCAUUUAAUAAAUGACCAGUCUUCUAAUAAAAGUCACAUAAGUUCUAAUUACUCUGAAAUAUCACACAAAACAAUAACUCCUGUAAGAAUGGAAUCAACAUCACAAAAUUCCCAUGAAGAUUUUCUCGGUUUAUAUGAAAAAAGGAUAAAGAAGAUAGUUAGAGUUACACGGACGAUGAAUGAAGAUGGAUCGAUUCGCGAGGAAACAGAAACAACCAUAAUCAAAAAGAGUAGACACGAUCCAACAGUGACAACACUGACCGAUGAGCCCGAAAACGAUAUUGACAACGCGUCUUUCGAAAAUAAUAUUAAUGAUAAUAAUAAUAAUACUAAUACUAAUGUUUUAAGAGCAAAUUUCAACUGUAACCGAUUAGAAUUUCUGAGAAAAGUGAAAUCAGAAGGAACAUUUAAAUUUACACCCAUGGCACAACCUAUUCUUAGGCAAUGUAUUUCUGUCACUGGACUCCAUAAAGAUGAUAGUAUUCAAGAGUGA